AGGUUCUGUCAAGGUUGUUAUUGCUGCUGUCAUCACACCGUUAAGUGCAUCGCAUCAACACAGCGCUGAAUUGAACGGCAGACCAAUCUGUCUCAUAAUAAACAGCCAUGAUGGGAUGUCAAAGAAGACGCACCUCCGUGUCAAGAGCUUUUAUGCUUCCCCGUUUACUCUGCCUGAUGUGCUUUGCUGUCGUUAGUCUGGCUGAGAACACGGACAUGGUAAAUGUGGUGACGGAGAGGAAAGCGGAGGAGAGCCACAGGCAGGACAGCGCCAACCUGCUCAUAUUCAUCAUGUUACUCACACUCACUAUCCUCACGAUAUGGCUCUUCAAACACCGCCGCUUCAGGUUCCUGCAUGAGACGGGCUUGGCUAUGAUUUAUGGUUUGUUUGUGGGUGUGAUUCUGCGCUUUGCGGUCCAUUCGCCACAGGACUUCAAUGACAUCACCUUGAGUUGUGCCGUGAACAGCAGUCCCACCACCAUCCUGGUGAACGUGAGUGGCCGAUUAUACGAGUACAGCCUGAGAGGAGAGGUGCGGGACAGCAAGGGCCACGAUGUGCCAAAUGCAGAGAUGCUCAGGAAGGUUACAUUUGAUCCUGAGGUUUUCUUCAACAUUUUGCUUCCACCCAUCAUCUUUCAUGCGGGAUACAGUCUCAAACGAAGGCAUUUUUUCAGAAAUUUGGGGUCUAUCCUCUCCUACGCCUUUGUAGGCACACUGACAUCAUGCUUUGUAAUAGGGUUGGUGAUGUACGGCUGUGUGGUGUUUAUGAAAGCCAUCGGUCAGCUUGGAGGCGAUUUCUUUUUCACUGACUGCCUUUUCUUCGGUGCUAUUGUAUCUGCUACUGAUCCAGUGACUGUUCUGGCCAUUUUCAAUGAGCUGAAAGUUGACGUGGAUCUCUAUGCCCUGAUGUUCGGCGAGAGCGUCCUCAAUGAUGCUGUGGCCAUUGUCCUGUCGUCAUCAAUAGUGGCAUACCAGCCUGAGGGAGACAAUCGGCACACAUUUGAUGGCAGUGCCCUGCUCAAGUCUCUGGGUGUCUUUCUGGGGUUUUUCAGUGGGUCUUUUGCAAUGGGGGCUGCAACAGGAGUCAUGACUGCUCUGGUCACAAAGUUCACCAGACUGAGAGAUUUCCCCUUGCUGGAAACGGCCCUUUUCUUCCUGAUGUCCUGGAGUACGUUCCUAUUGGCCGAAGCCUGCGGCUUCACAGGUGUGGUUGCAGUGCUUUUCUGUGGAAUGACUCAGGCUCACUAUACAUACAACAACCUUUCUGCUGAAUCCAAAACUAGAACCAAACAGUUGUUUGAGCUGCUGAAUUUCCUGGCUGAAAACUUCAUCUUUUCUUACAUGGGCUUGACACUUUUCUCCUUCCAGCACCAUGUGUUCAAUCCCUUGUUCAUCAUAGGUGCAUUUCUGGCGAUACUUCUUGGCAGGGCAGCCAACAUCUAUCCCUUGUCUUUCCUGGUAAACCUGGGCCGCAAGAACAAAAUAGCCUCCAAUUUCCAACACGUCAUGAUGUUUUCAGGUCUCCGAGGGGCUAUGACCUUUGCCCUGUCAAUUAGAGACACUGCGACAUACGCCAGGCAGAUGAUGUUUUCUACCACCCUGCUGAUCGUUUUCUUCACUGUGUGGUUCUGUGGGGGCGGGACGACACCAAUGCUGUCACUCAUGCAUAUUCGAGUGGGAGUGGACACAGAUCAAGAUAAUACUGUCACAGCACCAGAUGGGAUGACACAGAGAAGUACCAAGCAUGAAAGCGCCUGGCCGUUCAGACUGUGGUACACUUUUGACCACAAUUAUUUAAAACCCUUCCUCACACACAGCGGGCCUCCUCUCACUACCACUCUGCCAGCCUGCUGUGGUCCAAUAGCGCGCUGUCUUACCAGCUCACAAGCCUAUGAGAACGCCGGUCAAUUGCAUGAUGAGGACACAGAGCUGAUUCUAAAUGACGGAGAUGGUUUUAUGUACAGUGACAUGACGAUCAGCACGGAUGCCCAUGGCAUGCCCACCACCUCCACGGGCCAGGCUGGUCUUUACUCACUAGCAGGAACGUCAGAUGAUCCUCUCGACAGGGAGCUUGCGUUUGGAGGCACCCGUCUGGUCCUCCCCACAGAAGAGCAUCCAGACCCGCUGACAUCAUUUCCUCCUCCUCCACCAUCCCCGCCUCUGUCGGAUCCUCUGCGCCACAGAGUCUGAGCCUGCUGGACAGCUGCUGACCUCUGCCUCUCUAAGUGAUACUUUUUUUUUCUUCAGAGAUAUUAAGUUAAAUGUUUAUUUAUGCUUUUAUUGGUUCAUUAUUUCGUGCCAUUAAUAUUUAUUUAUUUGUUAAGACACUGUUCUACUAUGGCUCUGUUGGCUAAUCCUUCUGUUUUCUGACUAAUUUCUCAAGAAAAAUAAAAUGUGCCAUAAAAGAUUCUGAAUAAAUUUUGUGUUUAGUAGCGUGUAGGUCAGACUGAACGUCUGCUUCUAUUGUGAAUGCAUUGAUGUGUUUUGAUUGAUCAUUUCAAAGCUAUACAUAACUUGUGGGUCAAUUGUGGAUAAAUCUAUUUUAAUAAGUGCCUCCGUCCUGUUUCCUGGUGUUUGUACUGUGACUCAUCAUUACCUCAUUAACAUUUACAAAAAGAGGUUCAUAUUUGUGAAAAAGUGAUUUAUUUCAAAGUGUUUCCAUACCCCUUGACCCUCCAAUAAAUGAGGAUUGAUGAACUUUUUAA